AUGAGAGUCGUACCUACCCUAGCUGCUGCAUCGCUCGCUCUUGGAGCCGUCGCCGGCGAGCACGUUGAGCGUCAGCUUAUUCUCGGAGGAGGUGAAGUCCCUAUUGGUACGAAGACGUACGCUACCGGUAUUCGCUCCACUGCCGACGGUAACGCUUUCUGCGCUGGUGCUCUCGUCUCUCCUACGCAUGUGCUUACUACCGCUGCCUGCACGGGCUUCGAGCCGCCUAAGUUUGUGGCUGUGGGAACGCACUACAUCAAUGGCACGAAGGACGGAGAGCAGAUUAAGGUCGUGUCCGCUCAGAACCACACACUUAACAAUGCCUCCAGCGCGUCAUACGAUUUUGCAUUGCUGACGCUAGAGAAGCCCAGCAAGUUCAGCCCGAUCAAACUCCCCAAUCCCGACGACUCGGAUAUCGUUGCAGGCAUGUGGACCAAGGUCAUGGGCUGGGGUGACACCAGCUACCCCAACGGCACCCGUUCCAACGAGCUCCAGAGUGUUGGCGUUGAAGUGUGGAACAACGAAGACUGCGCUCGGCUAUUCGUCGUGGACAACUCGUCUGUCUGUGCUGGCGGUGCUCCUGGUAGAGACGCGUGUGUCGGUGACACGGGUGCUUCGCUCGUCAAGGAAAAGGGCCAGGGUGACGCUGAUGAUAUUCUGAUUGGGCUGUCGAGUUGGGGAUCUGGCUGUGGUGAUCCGGGGAUUCCCAGUGUGUACUCGCGUGUGUCGACCGCUAUUGAAUGGAUCACCUCAGUGACCAAGGUCCAGCAAGUCUAA